AUGUCAGACAACGGGGACAAGAAGUUGACGGUGCCCAAAUUCUCGUCUUUCAAGCCCAAGGCCUCGACUCCCGCGCCGUCGGCUCGACAGUCAUCUAGUGAAGCCGCCCACGGCCGAAAAGACGGAGCCGAUGACUUAGCCGAUGAGAGUCGAUCUCGGCAUGGAUCUCGACACCGUGACGACCGCCGAAAGCACCGUCAUGAGCAUCGCUCGGAGCACCGUCAUCGUGAUCGCAAACGCAGCCGGAGCCGCAGCAGGGAUCGAGAAAUCUUCGCUGAAAACCCCCAUCCUGCAAAAGCGAUAGCAGUAGAAGACAAACCUGGCAAUGCUUGUUUCUUCGUUGACAAAAAGGGCGAUCCCCUGAUCAGGAGGUAUGGCGGCAACGAUCAUGGCCGUGUACCUGUGUACCGUCGAGGCGGCCGUGGUCGAAUCCUUGGCUCCGAUGGCUUUCUUGUCAUUCACAGAGAUGGUCCCCGAGAGCAAUUUAGCAUUCGGCGGCCGGGUGAGGGAAACUCCAGCUUGCGAGACAGAUCUUUGUUCCAACACAAAAUUCACCGACUCAAGACAAAACGCAUACGGCCGCUAGAGAUCUCCCAGGAGAUUAAGACUGAUGCCGAAGAGGACUUUGUGCCGCUGAGCAGGUCUUCAAAACGCCGCCAUACGGAAGAGCUUGAGCCUUCCGGAGAUGAGGAACCCUCAUACAGAUCGAUCGAGGGCAAGGCAAAGGCACACGAAUUCUCCGACAGCGAUCUCGACUACGACAGCGACCAGGACGAUGGCUUGAACCUCGAUGCAGAUGAGCCUCUGAAACAGCGUUCCAUACAGCUAUCACGCCAGGUCAAGGAACGCCCCGAAGACAUCCCAGCCUGGCUCAACCUCAUUGCACACCAAGACGUCCUCUUGAAAGCCAGCGAGAGCAUUAAUCACGAGGUGACGAAGGCCGAGAUACACAGUUUCGCGGAAAUCAAGAUUUCAAUGUAUGAGUCCGCCCUGGCACAGACGAAGAAGCCCGAAGACGAAGAGCGAUUACUCCUUGGUUUAAUGCUGGAAGGCGCCAAGGUAUGGUCUUCAUCGAAGCUUGAUAGCAAGUGGGCGGACUUGGUAAAAAAUCACGACUCGAGCUUCUGUCUUUGGAAAGCAAGGAUCGAUCACAGGCUCACAAGCUUGACGACAUUCCAGUACAACGACAUCAAGUCCUUGCACAUUGACCGACUGCGAACAGUUGCCAAACAAGCGUCCGUGUCGGUUUCCCCGGGGCCAGGCCACAGCACAAAUGACGCUGCGGCGCCACGAUAUGCACAAAUGAUAUACGUCUUCCUUAGAGCUACCAGGUUCAUAUACGACGCUGGGUACCGUGAACUGGCGGUUGCAGCAUGGCAGGCGCUUCUGGAACUCAAUCUACAACGGCCAACAAGUCAUGAGGCGAUGCCAGAUUCAGAAGUUAUCGACUCGUUCCGGGACUUCUGGGAAGAGGAGGGAUCCAGAAUAGGAGAAAAGAACGCGCGCGGAUGGCAUCACUACGUCCAGGCAAAUGGGUCAGUCGACGCCCCUGAAUCACACCGCGACAGUGAGGUUGUUGCACAAUCACGGGAUGUGUAUAAGUCUUGGGGUGCGACUGAGAGACACCGAGCAACGGUCUCUAGAACUCCCGGCCGCGCUACGGAUGAUGUCUUCGAGGACGACCCCUAUCGAGUUGUCAUGUUCUCCGACAUUGAGGAGCUUCUCUUUGUCAUACCAAGCGAGAUUAUCUCAGCAGUCUGGAAACAGCUUGUUGAUGGGUUUCUCCUGUUCUGCUGUCUACCUCCAGCGUUUCGCUCGAGCGAGUGGACGGAAUCUGCACAGGAUGAUGCGCUGAUUAUUGGUGGUUUGGGCAUGUUCGAGAAGGACGUGACUCGGAGGCCCAAUGACCCGGAAGUCAUGGACGAAACCAAAAGGGUCCCCAUUUUCAAACAGGACGGAUCGCGGCUCGCCGUCUCGUCCGACUUGCUGUUCGCUGGCUCCGACUGGUUUCCGUAUCUAUGUGGAUGGGCCACUAUAUCCAGAACCGAAGGCGGCCCUGUCGACUUGUCAUGGAUUGCAAGUGCUCUUCGACAGUUGGUAACGCUGGGCAACUGCAAAGAACUAGCGGAAUAUUCUUUGGCUGUGGAUGUGGUCAAUGAACCAAGUAGCAUCAAGAAGCGUGCCAAGGCUCUCAUCAAACAGAACCCCUCCAACUUGGGGCUUUACAACGCAUAUGCCUUGGCUGAGCUUGGCUAUGGCAACAUGGAUGUUGGGCGACAGGUGGUACAGUCGGCAACUGGGCUGCUGUCUACUUCGAACCAUGCUCAAGGACUGAUACUCUGGAAGACGUGGGCAUGGAUGGAACUUUCAGCUGGAAACAGGACGUCAGCUGUGGUGCGUCUGUGUGCGGCAGUUGACGAGUCUCUGAGGAACACGCCAGGACUGGUCGCACCAACUUCUACGCAACUUCUGAAAGCCCGUCAGAUAUUACUAGACACCCUCGAACGGCACCUCUCCACGAGGCAGUUGGACGAUGCUGUCCUGACUGCCGAAUGUCUCGCGAUGCUGGUGUACCUGACACUAGAGGAAACCUCAGAGCCCACCUCCGAGGCGCAGGGAAGCAUCACAAUGGCGAUGGAGAGAGUAUGGACUGUCUCUUCUGAGUUGUGCGCGCAAGGCCUAGCCAAGUCGCAGGCCCACGAAAGGCUCUUGCAAGCCGGCGCGAGGCUCCUCUACCACCAUGCCAGCCGAGGGCCUUUCCGGCGUACAUAUCUGAGAGAUCAGCUCUCCCAGUGCAUUGAGCUAUUCCCACGCAACACCGCCUUUCUCACCCUAUUCUCUUGGGCAUCAACAACAUUCGGCAUUGACGACCCAGUCCGCGACAUCCUCCGCAAAGUCGCACUCACAGAUACCAACGAUUCCAUCAGCAACCGCAUCUUUGCGAUUCGCUACGAGCUGGAAAGAGGAAAUAUUCACUCCACACAAGCUGCCUUUGAGCGUGCGCUCGAUAGUCCAGCAUGCAGAACCAACCCUGACUUCUGGCGUUGCUACAUCAGGUUCAGCUACGCGACGAAGCAGUUCCGGCCCAAGGCCAAGGACGUCUUCUUCCGGGGCUUGCGACACUGUCCGUGGUCGAAGGACUUGGCUCUCGAGGCGUACACGACGCUCAUCAACGUCAUGGAUGAGUUCGAGCUUCGCUCUGUGUUUAAUACGAUGGCCUCCAAGGGGUUGCGGGUUCAUGUCGACCUGGAGGAGUUUGUGGCGAAACGUCGGUAG